CAUCCAAAUAACCAAAAAGAUUUCACUAUUUAAUGAAAAAGUCUCUUAAGACUCUUAUCUCACCCUUCCUAACAGCGCUUGUCCUUCACUAUUUUUUCACCCUUCACUCUGGCCUGGUGAUAUUAGUCAGCUGGGUGGCGCCCCUGUGCUAAACAUAGCCCCCAAUGCUGCACCCCUCAUCAAAACACAGAGCAGUCUACAAUGGCUGGUGUUGAGUUACCACAGAUGCUGCUGUAUCUCAACGGGGAGGGUUGCUGAACACGAUACAACCUUCAAGUGUACUAUUGAUGGAAAAAGAAAAGAAUUUUGAUUCUUUAAUGCGGAAUGGAGCUUCACUUCCUGUAGAUGAACCCAGACAUGAUCUCCCAAAUUCAUCCGCAUCCCUCUCCCCGCUUCUUCCCAAAGCUCUCUCUGCUGUUCUGCAUGCCAGGCAAACCCCCCCUGGCCCCGGCUCCGAGCCUCAACCCAGUAGAGCUUCUGCAGAACGCUCGUCACCCACGCUGGAGCGACUGCAGUCUGAGCUGAGAGAACUGAGAGAGGAGUUCCAACAGAUGAAAAGUCAACACAACAAAGAAAUCAAACUUCUGAUGAAUGAGCUUGACGAAGAGAAGAGAAUUCGUUUAACCUUACAGAUGGAGCUACAACGUAUGAAGAAACACAUGUCAAAAUGACAACAACAACUACCGUAAUUUUCGCACUAUAAGGCGCACCGGACUAUUAGCCGCCACCCACAAAAUUUGACACGAAAACGACAUUUGUUCAUACUGUAGAUAAGCCGCACUGCACUAUAUGCCACAGCUGUCUUCACUGUAUUAUGGGGUAUUUACACCACAAGAUAUUACCACUUUAUUUGACAGCGGCAUCAUACGACUGUCAUAAGACCAAAUGAACCACUAUGAAGCUUUGAACCAAUUGGCUGCAAAGCGUCAUUACUUCAAGAAGCUUCAUUUGGCUAUCACUGCUCCCUAGGGGAAGACAGUCAACCUCUGCUGACACCUGCUGUCAACACUGUUGUUGUCCAACAUGCCUCUUUGCAUGCAUUGCUGUGCUACAGAUGUAAAUAACAAUCAAAAUUCAUGUUCUGUGCUAAUUAUUUCGUCAGUUACUGUUCCAGUUGUUUCAAUAAUUCCUAGUUAUGGUAUUUGGUAACACUCUAUUUGACAGUGGCUUCAUAAGACUCAUUAGACAAUCAUAAUUAUGAUAAGGCACUGUCCUGAGCAUUAAUGAAUGCUUAUAACAGAUGUCGUUUAGUGUUAUCCAGCAAAUUAUCUCACUUUUGAAUGGAUGUAAAAGAGCCGAGCUGGACAUAAAUGUAAUUAAUGACACUUAAUGACAUCUGUCAUUCUGUAAUGCCCAGGAUAGUGUCAUGUCAUAAUUAUGACGGUGUUAUAACCCCACUGUCAAAUAAGUGCGGCAUUCCGGAGAUAUCUCAAGAAAACAACCUCACCGGUCAUUUUUGACCCACUUAUGCAUCUAAGGGUUAAGAUGACACUCGUCAUGCUAAAUGCUAAUGCUAACGAGAACACUAAAUCUAUGCUAAUGCCAGUGUUGUUAAUAACGGAGUUGGAGUAUAACGGUGUUACGAACGGCGUUAUUUUUUUCAGUAGUGAGUAAUCUAAUUAAUUACUAUGUUUUUUUGUUUGUUUUUGGAAUGAAAAAAAAAUAUAUGAAAGGUAGCACCAGUUACUAAUUACGCUAACAUUCAGGUAACUGAGUGACUAACUCAAUAAGUUUUUGGGAGAAGUAAUUUGUAACUUAAUUUAUUACUUUUUUUAAAGUAAGAUUAACAACAUUGAUCACCACCACCUUCCCCCCUCCCCCCUCCUUCUCUAGCAGCUGUCAAAAUCAGACAAUUGGCGUUUCAUUCAACCAAAUUGUAGAAACGCGCCCCUCCGCAUCUUCAGUAACGGUAACGGCGUUGUAAAGAUGGGAAAAGUAAUUCAUUAGAUUACUCACUACUGAAAAAACAUAACACCGUUAGAAACGACGUUAUACUCCAACUCCGUUAUUAACAACACAGGGGAACAGAUAAAUAACAAUCACUAAAAUAUUUGACUCCUUUAUAAACUGUCACGUUGUCAUAUACAACGAGGCAAAGCGACAGUUUAUAAAAGAGUAAAAUAUUUACUUACCAAAUCAAUGUGUGCAGGAGUAUUUUGGUGUUAGAAAAAGGGCAAAAUAGUGACGAGGCAGAUUUUCACAUGAAUGAAAGAACGCCCAAAGACCACUGGGUACAAAAAAAACAAAACAAUUUUUUUCCCAAUUUGACUUAACUGAGAUACAUCAAGUUAGGCAUAUUUUCCAGCCCCAACUUACUACUUACUUAUUACAAAUGAGUGUUCACAACAGGUUGGUAAACAUUGAGCUUGGUUCACUUAUCCUAUUCACUUUUAUUCACAAUUCAAGUUGUCUUUUAGCAGUUGUAGAGUACCAAUCAGAGAAUCGUUUGCAUUUUGCCAUGUUCAUAUCGUAAAUUUGAUAACAUGCAUCAGCUAUUGUUGCUGAAUAAUGUCUAGAUGUUUAUAGUACAAAAAUACUUAGCCUUCUGAUACAUGAAUUAUGAAAUUCUUGGUCAGGAUUUUUUUCUGAAGUGUUUUUAUUCUUCUUAGGACAUGAAAAAAAAAACAUUUUUAGUAGGUGUCCUUUGUAUUGACCGCUAUGCACCAGAGGGUUAACAACUAACAUGUUCACGUGUUGUAUAAAUUAUGUAUACUGUAGUAUUACUAUUAUUAGUUAUACAGUUGCUAUGAAUAAAUGAACUUGUACCACUUGUUAUUUAAGCACAAGAGUAUUUAUAAUAUUAUGUUGCAUCUGCUUUUGCAUUUUAGUUGACUUUUUAGUUGAGUUUGCCAUUACUGUAAAUGUACUAUCAACAUGCAAUGUCUUACUGUUUCUAGUGAAAGAGGAGCAGACAAAAAAAGCCAGUAUUAAACCAGCACGAUUUAAUGUUAAAUUUACUUUUGGUUUUAAUAGGGCUAUCAAAAUUAUCGCGUUAACAGGCGGUAAUUAAUUUUUAAAAUUAAUCCUGUUAAAAUAUUUGACGCAUUUAACGCACAUGCCCCGCUCAAACAGAUUAUAAUGACAUCACAGUGUCAUGUCCACUUGUUACUUGUGUUUUUUGGUGUUCUGUCACCCUCUGCUGGCGCUUGGGUGCGAUUGAUUUUAUAGGUUUCAGCACCAUGAGCGUUGUGUGAUUAUUGACAUCAACAAUGGCGAGCUACUAGUUUAGUUUUUGAUUGAAAAUUUUACAAAUUUUAUUAAAACGAAAACAUUAAGAGUGGUUUUAAUAUAACAUUUCUAUAACUUGUACUAAAAUUUAUCUUUUAAGAACUACAAGUCUUUCUAUCCAUGGAUCGCUUUAACAGAAUGUUAAUAAUGUGAAUGCCAUCUUGUUGAUUUAUUGUUAUAAUAAACAAAUACAGUACUUAUUUACAGUAUGUUGAAUGUGUAUAUCCGUCUUGUGUCUUACCUUUCCAUUCCAACGAUAAUUUACAGAAAA